CUUUUCACAUCCACUCGCCAGCCGGCUGCCGCCCGCUGCCUCCUCCGUGCGUCCGCCUAGCCUCGUCCACGCCGUCACCAUGAGCCAGGCCUACUCGUCCAGCCAGCGUGUGUCCUCCUACCGCCGCACCUUCGGUGGGGCCCCGGGCUUCUCGCUCGGCUCCCCGCUGAGCUCUCCCGUAUUCCCUCGAGCAGGUUUCGGUACCAAGGGCUCCUCGAGCUCAAUGACAUCCCGCGUGUACCAGGUGUCGCGCACGUCGGGCGGGGCCGGGGGCUUGGGGUCGCUGCGGGCCAGCCGGCUGGGGACCACCCGCGCGCCGUCCUACGGCGCCGGGGAGCUGCUGGACUUCUCUCUGGCGGACGCGGUGAACCAGGAGUUCCUGGCCACGCGCACCAACGAGAAGGUGGAGCUGCAAGAGCUCAAUGACCGCUUCGCCAACUACAUCGAGAAAGUACGCUUCUUGGAGCAGCAGAACGCCGCGCUUGCCGCUGAGGUCAACCGGCUCAAGGGCCGCGAGCCGACUCGUGUAGCUGAGCUCUACGAGGAGGAGAUGCGAGAACUACGGCGCCAAGUGGAAGUGCUCACCAACCAGCGAGCCCGUGUCGACGUGGAGCGUGACAACUUGAUCGACGACCUGCAGAGGCUCAAGGCCAAGCUACAGGAGGAAAUCCAACUGCGAGAAGAAGCAGAGAACAACUUGGCUGCCUUCCGAGCGGAUGUAGAUGCAGCCACUUUAGCUCGCAUCGACCUAGAGCGCAGAAUUGAAUCACUCAACGAGGAAAUUGCAUUCCUUAAGAAAGUGCACGAAGAGGAGAUCCGUGAGCUUCAGGCCCAGCUUCAAGAACAGCAGGUCCAGGUGGAGAUGGACAUGUCCAAGCCAGACCUCACAGCUGCCCUCAGGGACAUCCGGGCUCAGUACGAGACCAUUGCGGCUAAGAACAUUUCUGAAGCUGAGGAGUGGUACAAGUCCAAGGUUUCAGACUUGACCCAGGCGGCCAAUAAGAACAAUGAUGCGCUGCGCCAGGCCAAGCAGGAGAUGAUGGAGUACCGACACCAGAUCCAGUCCUACACCUGCGAGAUUGAUGCCCUCAAGGGCACUAAUGACUCCCUGAUGAGGCAGAUGAGGGAGCUGGAGGAUCGCUUUGCCAGCGAGGCCAGUGGCUAUCAGGACAACAUUGCACGCCUGGAGGAGGAGAUCAGGCAUUUGAAGGAUGAGAUGGCCCGCCACCUGCGGGAGUAUCAAGACCUGCUCAAUGUGAAGAUGGCCUUGGAUGUGGAGAUUGCCACCUACCGGAAGCUGUUGGAGGGCGAGGAGAGCCGGAUCAACCUUCCUAUCCAGACCUUCUCUGCUCUCAACUUCCGAGAAACUAGCCCUGAGCAAAGGGGCUCUGAAGUCCACACCAAAAAGACAGUGAUGAUCAAGACCAUUGAGACUCGGGAUGGAGAAGUCGUCAGCGAGGCCACACAGCAACAACACGAGGUGCUUUAAGCCAGACAUUCACUGUCCCGGCCCAGUCCUCACUGCCUCAAGAAGCCAGCCUUCUCCACUCUCCGACAUCACGCCCAGCCACUUUCCUUCACUCACAGCCUCUGACCCUCCCAUCCCCACCCCACCCCC